CCCCACACCUCUGAUCCUCGCGAGGACAAGUACGAGCAAGCAGUCGUCACUCAAGAUGGGAAAGGCUUACAGUGCACGCAUCGCGUCGAACCCUUACAUCGUAGGCUCGUUCGCAUGUAUCGGCGGCGGUCUCUUCGGUCUGGACAUCUCGUCCAUGUCCGGAGUGCUCAGCAAUGAUGCCUAUAUGGACACGUUCGGUAACCCGGGCUCGAACGCCCAGGGAGCCAUCGUCGCAGCUAUGCCCGCCGGCUCGCUCGUCGGUGCCCUCAUUGUCAGUAGCCUCGCGGACAAGAUUGGCCGCAAGCGUGUCAUCAUUAUCUCCGGAUGGAUCUGGGUCAUUGGUAGCAUUCUGCAGUGCGCUGCAGUCGACCGCGGAAUGCUUGUCGCAGGCCGUGUUGUCUCCGGUAUCGCCGUCGGUCUCGCCUCCGCCGCUGUCCCGCUCUAUCAGUCUGAAAUCACCGCACCCGCCAUCCGUGGCCGCCUCGUCUCCAUGCAGCAAUGGUCCAUCACCUGGGGUAUCCUUCUUCAGUACUUCGUCGAAUUCGGUUGCUCGUACAUUAAUGGCACGGCAUCGUUCCGUAUUCCUUGGGGUCUGCAGAUGAUACCCGCUAUCAUCCUGAGUCUUGGCAUGUUGGUGUUCCCGGAGAGUCCGCGUUGGCUCAUUGACCAUGACCGGACGGACGAGGCACUGGAGAUCCUAGCGGACUUGCAUGGCCAGGGCGACCCACAUGUACCGCUCGUUCAGCUCGAGUUUGCGGAGAUCAAGGAGCAGGUCCGCUUUGAGCGUACUGAAGGCGCCAAGUCCUACCUCGACCUCCUCAAGCCCGGCAUCUUCAGGCGUGUCGGCCUCGGCAUGAGUCUGCAGAUGUGGAGUCAGCUGAGCGGUAUGAACAUCAUGAUGUACUACAUUAUCUAUGUCUUCCAGGGCGCUGGUCUCACUGGUCGCCGCGGAAACCUCAUUGCGGACUCGGUGCAGUACGUGCUGAACGUCGUCUUCACCAUUCCUGCCAUCAUCUACAUCGACCGCUGGGGCCGUCGCCCCAUGCUCCUCAUCGGUACCUUCCUCAUGGGCUUCUGGCUCAUGCUAGUAGGUGGUCUGCAGGGCGGCUUCGGACAGUGGGGCGAAGUCAGCGGAUCCCGCGUCUGGGUCAUCGAGGGCCACGACAGUGUCACGAAGGGCAUUAUUGUCUGCUCGUAUCUCUUCGUCUGCAGCUUCGCGAUCACGAUGGGCCCCGUCUCGUGGACGUACCCGGCGGAGAUCUUCCCGAUGCGCGUGCGUGCGAAGGCGGUCUCGGUCUCGACGGCGGCGAACUGGCUGUUCAACUUCGCGCUUGCGUGGGCGGUGCCGCCAGGCUUGUCGACCAUCGCGUACCGGACGUACUUCAUCUUCGGCGCGUUCAACUUUGCCGCGUUCAUCCACAUCCUCUUCUGCUUCCCCGAGACGGCCGGCCGCACGCUCGAGGAAAUCGAGGACGUCUUCACGCAGGGACACAUCUUUACCGCUUGGCGCGUCGACAGGCACGUCGGAGAGAAGACGCUCGAGCAGGUCAUCAACAAGGAGCAGGUCGACUCGCAAGACGACCACUACUCCGAGAAGGCGUAAACGGGCUUGCGAGUCGUUAUGGACGAGACGAAACUCUGUUAUGUUUGAAGUCACUUCACCCUUCUUUGUGCUCUUAUCUUCUACCGCAUUGCCUCUUGUAUGUUCCGUACUUCGUACCAGUAUCAUAUGCAUUCUUCUUUCCUGG